AUGGGCAAAUCUAGUUCCUUGGUUUCAGCCAUGUCUGAAACUAAAAAGAAAAUUAUGGACAAGUAUAGUUCCAUGUCUGAUGAAAAAAAGAAAAUUCUCAAGCGUCUAGGCAUAGGGUGCGGCAUCAUCUUAAUCAUGGGCGUCGUCAUUGGCUUAAUAGUUGGUCUUCGCAUUGUCCCUCCCAUGGUUAAAGCCACAGUCACCAAUGCUUCUCUAACCCAGUUCAAUCUCAGCAGCAACAACAUUCUCUACUACAACCUUGCACUCGACGUUGCCCUCCGAAGCAGUACCGGAACCAAGGUAAACUACAAGCGCAUCAAAGUCACUGCAAAAUAUAAGAAGAUGUUCACGUUAGGGACUUUUACUUCGCCACCUUUUAAGCAAGGCGCCAAGAACAAGACCAUUGUUCUUCAUCCAAAUUUUCAAGGGCAGCAGUUUGUGAUGCUUUCGGAAAACGACCUCUCUGUGUUUCGUUCAGAGACUGCGGCCGGCGCUUACGCUAUCGAUGCGGUGGUUGAUCUGAAGAUCAAACCAUUCGCUUGCAGAACACAAGGGAAGUGCUUGUUGAAGGUCCCCUUGAGUUUGAAUCAUACAUCUGCUAGUAGUAGUUUCAAGGCUACACAGUGUCCAAUGCGUCUUGUCUGCUCAAAGACAAAAGGCUUCUCAAAGACAAAGACAAAAGGCUUCCCAAAGCAGCGUAUACAUUGGAAUACAUAG